GCAAAGGGAAAGAUAUGUGAGUGUUCUCACACUGAUACCUGGUUAGCAGGCUCUGACACACAGUCAGCUGAGUCCACAAAGAGCCAUUUCAUAGGGACAUCAGAAUGAUACUGACUGUUUUCAACACAAGACUGCCAUCCAUUUUGUUUGGAAUCAGCAACAGGACAACAUGACCCAGCAUAGCCACCACUGAUAACCACUGAAGAGGAGAGAUAGCAGAGAGACAGAAGCUGUCAUCAUGCCCUGUUGUCCCAGCCCUCUAACCCUGCUCAGGGAUUCUCUACGGGGCCAGAGACAACAUGACAAGGACCUCUGGACCCUGAUCUCCAACCUGCCCUACCAAGCUCUCCCCAAGACCACCAACCAUUACUUCCCUGGAAACUCCAUCAAGACCACCAAGUACUCUUUCUGGUUCUUUAUCCCUAUGAACCUCUGGGAGCGGUUCCACAGAUUCGCUAACGUGUACUUUGUGGGGCUGGCCUUGUUGAACUUCGUGCCUGCUGUGGAGGCCUUUCAACCGGAGGUUGCUCUGAUUCCUAUAUGUGUCAUAUUAACCCUGACGGCCCUGAAGGAUGGAUGGGAGGACUACAGGAGGUAUCGCUCUGACAGGAGGAUCAACCAUACACCCUGUCUGAUAUACAGCAGGAAGGAGGGGGACUUUGUGGAGCGUCGUUGGAAGGACGUGAGGGUGGGAGACUUCGUUAAGGUGGUGUCUAACGAGAUCCUCCCAGCUGACCUGUUGCUUCUCCACACCUCCGACCAUAACGGGGUGUGUCACAUUGAGACCGCCACCCUGGAUGGAGAGACCAACCUCAAACAGAGACAGGUCGUCCCAGGACUCUACACACAGGAUUUUCCCUUUAAGCCGCAACACUUCAACAGCACAGUAGUCGUUGAAAAACCCAACGACAACCUCAAUCAUUUCAAAGGUUACAUAGAGACGGCUGAUAACAGGAAGUUGGGCUUUGGGAUUGACAGUCUGCUGCUGAGAGGGUGUACUGUCAGAAACACAGACCAUGCAGCUGGGUUCGUGGUGUACGCAGGCCGUGAGACCAAGUCCAUGCUAAAUAACAACAGACCCAGAUACAAAUGCAGCAAACUGGAACGCAAGAUGAACAUGGACGUGCUCUUCUGUGUCAUUGUUCUCUUCUGCAUGUGCCUUGUAGGAGCGCUUGGUCAUUACAUCUGGCUGGAGUCGUUUCCCAGCAUGCCUCUCUUCCUGAUACCAGACAGCCAUGGUCAUCUGGACCAGCCCCCCCUGUCUAGCUUCUAUAUGUUCUUCACUAUGAUCAUACUACUGCAGAUCCUGAUUCCCAUCUCCUUGUACGUAUCCAUUGAAAUUGUGAAGGUGGGUCAGGUGUUCUUCAUCACUAACGACAUAGACCUGUAUGAUGAAGAGACAGACAGCAGAGUCCAGUGUAGAACCCUCAACAUCACUGAGGACCUAGGACAGAUUCUGUACGUCUUCUCGGACAAGACUGGUACCCUCACAGAGAACAAGAUGGUGUUCAGAAGAUGCACCAUCAUGGGAACCGAGUAUGCACACAACGAGAAUGACGUCCGUCUGGCUGUCCUUGGGGAGGCUGAUGACACAGAGGAAGAGGUCCUCUUCCACCAGAGACCACUCCCCUUGAGGACAGGAUGGACCCUGGAAGACAAUCAUGACCAUGACCCAGAAGUAAUACAAUGUUGCCAUGGCGCCCAGCGACAGGAAAAGGAAAGAAGUGCCCAGGGGGAAGUAGCAUUCAGCAGUCCACUGGAAACAGAGGUGGUGCCAGACAGAAAGCUACUUCAGCGUGUUCUGAGAGGUGGUGGUGACGGGCCUGGUGGCUGCCAGGAAACAGAUCUCUACCUUGACUUCUUCCUGGCUCUUGCUGUCUGCAACACGGUGGUGGUUUCCACGGCAACGCGGGCUCAGGCUCAAAGACGGAGAGCUAGUGGGUGUCCGAGUCCCUCUCUCUCCCAGAGCUCUGUGGACCUCCUCCAGUCCUUGGUAAGGAAGAUGUCUUCUCUACUUCACACUAUCCGCUCCUGGCAGCCCAUGACUGAGAAGGAGGAUCUGGACAACACCAACAGCAGCCUCUCUGGCCCAGUCAACAGCCAUGUGGCUAACCACCACCACACCAUCGCAGAGGGGCAGGCCAGCCAGACCAACACCAAGGCCAACAUCCCCAGACCUGGGCUGGUAGUGGACACUGCUGAUCAGCUAUGCUACGAGGCAGAGAGUCCAGAUGAGGCAGCGCUGGUGUACGCUGCCAAGGCGUACGGCUUCACCCUAUUGGCCCGUACCCCAGACAGCGUCACAGUGAGGUUACCUCACGGGCAAGAGCUGACCUAUCAGGUGCUGGACACCCUGACCUUUGACCCCAUCAGGAAGAGGAUGUCGGUGGUGUUGUGUCAUCCAAUCACCAGGGAGAUAGUGAUGUAUACCAAAGGGGCGGACUACACAAUGAUGGAGCUUUUAGAGACUCCAUAUGCAGAGAACAGAAUGGAGGGGAGCCAUAAGAAUAUACCUGCAAGCACUCAAAAACACCUUGACUGGUACGCCAAGGAAGGACUACGUACCCUCUGUUUGGCAAAGAAGGUACUUAGUAAGAAGGCCAAUGAGGACUGGUCCCUGGUGAGACAGGAUGCUGUGGCUACCAUCAACAACAGAGAGGAACUCCUUAUGGAGACAGCAACACACCUGGAGACACACCUCACUCUGCUAGGGGCCACGGGUAUAGAGGACCGUCUGCAGGACAGUGUUCCUGACACCAUCACGGCCCUGAGAGAGGCAGGGAUCCAGGUGUGGGUUCUGACAGGGGACAAGCCUGAGACAGCCGUCAACAUCGCCUACACCUGCAGGCUGCUGGACCAGGGAGAUCUAGUUAUCAACAUGAGAACCAACAACAAGGCAGUGUGUGCGUCCACACUGGACUGUACUCUUGAAGAGGUGAGGCAGUAUGUAGGUCCAGGAGCUCCAGGGGACCCCAGUCCCUCCAUUGGCCUGGUGAUUGAUGGGCAUACCUUGGGCAUGGCUCUGGAGUCAGACCUGGUGGAGCGGUUUGUGGAGCUAGCUCGGAGCUGCCGCUCUGUGCUGUGCUGCAGGGUCACACCUUUACAGAAGAGCACCGUGGUUAAGGUGGUUAGGGAGAGACUGAAGGUCAUGACCCUGGCUAUAGGAGACGGUGCGAGUGACGUGAACAUGAUCCAAGCAGCUGAUGUCGGCAUCGGUAUAUCAGGACAGGAGGGCAUGCAGGCUGUCAUGGCCAGUGACUUCUCCAUCUCCUGUUUUAAACACAUGAAGAAGCUGCUCCUGGCCCAUGGACACUGGUGUUACAGAAGACUGGCUAACAUGGCCAUCUACUUUUUCUACAAGAAUGUGACCUAUGUGAACCUCCUCUUCUGGUACCAGUUCUACUGUGGUUUCUCGGGGACGUCCAUGAUUGACAUCUGGCUGAUAAUCUUCUUCAACCUCUUCUUCACCUCCGCCCCGCCCAUCAUGUUUGGCGUGAUGGACAGAAACUUUGCCACGGAGACGCUGCUGGGCCUCCCAGAGCUGUACAGGAGUGGCCAAGGGUCAGAGGGAUAUAAUCACUUCACAUUUUGGAUCGCCAUGCUGGACGCCUUCUAUCAAAGUCUGGUUUGCUUCUUCAUUCCAUUUUGGACCUACCAUGGAUCAGACAUAGACAUCUACACGUUUGGAACUCCUAUUAACACUGUGUCUUUAUUCACAAUCCUACUGCAUCUGGCCAUAGAGAUCAAAACCUGGACUGUAGUCCACUGGGUGAUCAUGCUGGGUAGUGUAUCUCUGUACUUCAUGGUGACCCUGGUCUACAGUGCUGUGUGUAUCAGCUGUAAUCCACCAUCAGACCCCUACUGGAUCUUGCAGCAGCAAAUGACUGACCCCAUGUUUUACCUGGUCUGUGUCAUCACUACUGUGGUCGCCCUGCUGCCCAGGUACACAUACCGUGUGCUGAUUAACACAGUAGCCCCCUCCCCCAUCGUACGGGCUAGGCAUCUGGAGCGACUGGACCCCACCACCAAGGAACAGUGGAUCAGGGAGUGGAGGGGGCUCAGGGGAGAGAGCACAUGGGAGGUGGCCCAGGAACAGACCCAGAAACAGGAGCCUUCUCUGGGCAAUCAACGUCACCACUGCCCUCACCAUCAUCCACCUUGGAACCCUUUUCCUCAGAGCACAAUCCGGUUUGAACUCCAACAACAACAAAUUGGGACAUCACAGAAAGUGACAUCAUGAUGAACGGCAUCACCAAGAGAUCUCUGAACCCCUUUCUGUCUUGAGAACCUGGGGGAUCCUGGGAGAACCUGGGGGAUUCUGGGGGAACCUGGGGGAUCCUGGGAGAACCUGGGGGAUCCAAGGGGAACCUUUAGUACAUCACACACAGGAGCAAUGAAGAAUGAAUUCUAUUUAUUAUGUCAUUUUGACAAAGAUGGGACUGAUUAUCUAGAUAUUGUUGAACUGGCUCAUAUCUGGAUAUGUGCUCCAGUGUGCAAUAAUGAUGAUUCAUGAAGUAAUGUCCAAAAAGCUAUAUUUGUAUAAUGAUGCAAAGCAUCACCGCUUCUGUCUGUCUUCUGGUGUCAAAUGCUGUGGAAAGUUUCCAUUGUAAUUGAAUACUAAAGUAUACCACAGACAGAGAGGCACCUCUCUUCACUCUCCACUUCCCCUCAGAACAAGGGAGGCUCCACUCUCCUCUCUCCACUUCCCCUCAAAACAAGGGAGGCUCCACUCUCCUCUCUCCACUUCCCCUCAGAACAAGGGAGGCUCCACUCUCCUCUCUCCACUUCCCCUCAGAACAAGGGAGGCUCCACUCUCCUCUCUCCACUUCCCCUCAGAACAAGGGAGGCUCCACUCUCCUCUCUCCACUUCCCCUCAAAACAAGCCUCGUCAGGAAACACAUUAGCCUGUUACUCUACUGAUGGUUUUCAGAGCACACUGAUAACCCAAUCAGUCUCGCCUCUCUUCCCACCCUGCACCGCCCACCCCAUCCUUACGCCCCUCUCCAAAAAAACAACCUCCACUUUUCCAGAACAAAGCACUUAGUAUGUUUUAUUUAAAAUUCCCCUGCCUCACCUAGGCUGCUUCUGCGUCAUUAAUGGCUCCCUAUUCCCUAUAUAGUGCACUACUUUUGGCACAGUAUGGUACCUGGUCAAAAGUAGUGGACUAUAUAGGGAAUAGGGAGCCAUUUGGGACACAGACCGACCUAGACACCUGAGAGUAAUUUGCUCAAUGGAUGGACGCUCCAAAUCCCAUCCCCUCUCGCUCUGUGGCCACAGACACACCGUACCUUAACUCACAUGUCCCUGUCCAACUCCCAAGCUACCCAUCAUGACGUUGUUGGAACACUGCAGAUGGUGCAUCAUGUAGUGGCGUUUUCAGUUCACAGACAUCGGUCCAAAUGGCACCCUACUACUUUUGACCAUGGCCCUAUCUGGUCAGAAGUAGUGGACUGUGUAUGCAUUAGGGUAACAUUUGGAACACCGUUCAUGUGUCUAGAAUUUAGAACAUUUGGAACACAGUUCAUGUGUCUAGAAUUUAGAACAUUUGGAAUAGUAAUGUAUAAUGGUGUCAGGAUGAGAACACCAAAUCGUAAUAAGGCUGUCUUGUCUGAAAUUCAAUGUCAAUUAAUCUAUAAAGAUUAUUUUAUAAUAUUAAAAAAAAAAAACACAUAUAUAUAUACACAUAUUACAUUUUUACAUUUGAGAUUUGUACAUGGGAUGUGAUCACCUGUAUAUGUAUAAAUCAAAGAAAGAGAAACGUCAUGGGAAGAAACAUAUAAAUGAUCAAGUUCA